AAUAAAUAAAUAAUUAUUAUUAUUGACUGCUUGUAUCCAAAUCCACAACCAGGACUUGACAAUAGCGGUUUCUGUAUUUCCCAUCACUUAAACAGGAGUUGACAAUUGUUAUGAGACAAUUGUGUUGUCUAUUUUGGGUUAUGGCUUUAGUAGCAAACUAGUUAAUGUAAGCAACGAUUUAUCUGAUGGGUAAGGAAUUCCUGGUGGCACAGUGGGUUAAACCCUUUUGCCAAGCAGGACUGCUGACUCGAAGGUUGAGUUGCUGACCUGAAGAUUGCUCCAGUUUCAUGUGGGGUCAUGAGAGAAUCUCCACAUAAGGAUGGUAAAAACAUCAAAACAUCCCGGUGUCCCCUGGGCAACGUCCUUGCCAAUUCUCUCACACCAGAAGCGACUUGCAGUUUCUCAAGUCGCUCCUGACACGAAAAAAAUAUCUGAUGGGUGAUCAUCAUACUUUGUAUUGUUGGAAAUUGGAGAAAUAGCAACACUUGAUUAAUGUCUAAGUGUAGAGCAAACAAAACCCAGGAAAGGGUAAGAGGCAAAAAUCAGUCGUAAUUCCAGAUAGAGUUAACCCAUUGAAAUAAAUAGUCCUUGUCAGUCACCACUUAAAAUACGUCCCAUUGAUUUCAGUGGGUCUAACAUUAGCUUAUGGCAUUCAGUCUUUGUUUCCAUGACCGAUAACUGUUCUUAUUGAUUUUUUAAAGUUUAAUAUUUUAAUUUUGUGCCUUCGUUUCCAUGUAAGCAUCUGCCUCAAGUAGAUUGAUGAAAAAAGAUAUAAGGCGAAUCUUCUUCAGGCUAGUAUGUCAUGUAGUCUGUGGGAAACUCUGGGGAAAAAAUCUUAAUAUCAGCGGGCAUAUCUUAAGAUACCUCUGUGAUUAAUAAUUGCCUCCAGUGGUCACAACCUGUGAAAUAUGUCUUGUUUCUUGAUCCAUUUGUCAACAAUAACUUUUCCUUAUGUUGCAUACUAAUUUUAUUUCAUUUAUUUCACCAGAACAAAGCAAGUUUUCACAAACAUUGAACAGAACUCCUUCUGCAAGUCCCCCAGCCAGUGGUGGGAUGGAUCCUUCCCAUGCUUGCAGCAUUCUCCAGCAGCUCAAAACUAUGUAUGAUGAAGGGCAGCUAAUAGAUAUUGUUGUGCAAGUGGAUCAUGGGAAAACCUUUUCCUGUCAUCGGAAUGUUCUUGCUGCUAUCAGUCCUUAUUUCAGAUCAAUGUUCACUAGUGGCCUUACUGAAAGUACCCAGAAGGAAGUUCGGAUUGUUGGUGUUGAAGCAGAGUCCAUGCAUUUAGUACUGAACUAUGCAUAUACCUCCAGAGUAACACUGACAGAGGCCAAUGUCCAAGCUUUGUUCACUGCAGCUAGUAUCUUCCAGAUUCCUUCUAUCCAAGACCAGUGUGCUAAAUACAUGAUCAGUCACUUGGACCCGCAGAACUCAAUAGGUGUGUUUAUCUUUGCUGAUCACUAUGGGCAUCAGGAACUGAAAAUCAGAUCCCAAGACUACAUCCGAAAAAAGUUUCUGUGUGUCACCAAAGAGCAGGAGUUUCUUCAGCUGAGGAAAGACCAACUAAUAAGCAUCCUGGACAGCAAUGACUUAAACGUUGACAAGGAAGAGCAUGUCUAUGAAAGCAUCAUAAGAUGGUUUGAACAUGAACCCAACAAAAGAGAAGCCCACUUGCCAGAAAUUUUUGCCAAAUGCAUCCGCAUGCCCCUGUUAGAUGAAGCAUUCAUAGAACAAAUUCCUCCAAUGUUUGCACAGGCUAUAGCCCAAAACUGUGUACAGAAAGGACAAAGUAGUGCCAACGGCUAUACCCAGCGGCUUGGGAUGACUGCUUCGGAAAUGAUCAUCUGCUUCGAUGCUGCCCACAAACACUCAGGAAAGAAGCAAACAGUGCCUUGUUUAGAUUCUGACACAGGGAGAGUCUUCAAACUAUGCAAGCCACCCAAUGAUUUGCGAGAAGUGGGGAUCCUUGUUUCACCCGAUAAUGACAUUUACAUUGCUGGAGGGUACAGGCCAAGCAGUAGCGAGGUCUCCAUAGACCAUAGAGCAGAAAGUGACUUCUGGAUGUAUGAUCAUUCGGGCAAUAGAUGGAUCCCCAAGGCUCCACUGCUUCGUGCCAGGAUAGGCUGCAAACUUGUUCAUUGCUGUGGUAAAUUGUAUGCAAUAGGAGGCCGGGUUUAUGAAGGAGAUGGACGCAACUCACUGAAAUCAGUGGAGUGCUAUGACAGCCGAGAGAACUGCUGGACAGCUGUCUGUCCAAUGCCUGUAGCAAUGGAGUUUCAUAAUGCUGUGGAAUACAAAGAGAAUAUCUAUGUUUUACAGGGAGAAUUUUUCCUCUGCUAUGACCCUCAAAAAGAUUACUGGGGUUUCUUGACUCCUAUGACUGUGCCUAGGAUCCAGGGUUUGGCAGCUGUCUACAACAACUCCAUCUACUAUAUUGCUGGAACCUGUGGAAACCAUCAGCGUAUGUUUACCGUAGAGGCCUAUGACAUUGAACUGAACAAGUGGACUCAGAAGAAAGACUUCCCAUGUGACCAGUCCAUUAAUCCAUACAUUAAACUUGUUGUCCUCAAAAAUAAACUGCAUUUGUUUGUUCGAGCCACUCAAGUCACCGUUGAAGAACAUGUCUUUAGGACCAGCAGGAAGAAUUCGCUUUAUCAGUACGAUGAAGUUACUGACCAGUGGCAUAAAGUGUACGAAACCCCAGAUAAGCUCUGGGAUCUUGGACGUCAUUUUGAAUGUGCUGUUGCUAAAUUGUAUCCACAGUGUCUUCAGAAAGUUAUUUGACUCCAGCUCCCCCCUUCCAUUGGUUAAAGGCCUUAGUGACUUUGGUAUUUAAUAUUAGUAGAAAAAAACUGUUUUUAAUGGAAAAACAAGUUCAAUCCUGUCAGUAUUUAUGUAAGCUAAAACAGAUGGCUUUUCUUUUUACAUGGGGAUGGGUGCUCUUUAAAAGUUGGAGUGGGGAGAAGGGAAUUAGUGGCUUAGUUUCCGAAUGGAUGUUUUCCUGUGGAGUAAGGUGAGUUAUGAAGUGCAAUUAUCAGCAUUUUCUCUGCUAAUAGAGUUGUUGGAUCAUGCUCUAGAAUGACAGUUUGACGAGAAACAAGAGUUGGGGGGUAACUAUGCACUCCAGUAAAACAAAUCUAACCUGAAUAGCUAGGGGGAAGAGAGCAAGUUUGAAGUGACUUCUUAUUUAAAAUACGGGUAAAAUCUGAGGCAAUAUCACUUGUUUGCUGUUAAUAGAUUCAGUGAUACUAAAUAGGCAAAUACCCGGUCCUUAUACCUCUUCUGUGUGUAUAAUGGUACUGAAAUAUUUUGUGUGUAUAUGUUGUGGUAGCUUCUGAAGAUGUUGCAGUAGAAUAUGAGCUACCAUUUGGAAAAGAGAAGGCCUACUUGAGGUGGCUGCAUUAUUACUCUUUGUGAGUUUAAUGUGUCUAGUCUUCUUAAAUCUUCCAGUGGCGUUAACAGCCAUCAUUUCCUAUUGUAGAGCUUCAAAAGCAUUUGAAUAUGGUGGUCACUCCAUUAAGGGCUUUUUAAAACCCAAUGGUGCUAGUACAUUUUAAUACAUGUAAGUCAAAAUGGGUCAGAUGGAAUUGUCAGUUAGUAUUAAUGUCUCUAGUCUUAAGCUUGUCUCUUGCUGCUUUGUGUGUGAAUUCCUAUUUUAUUUGAAUUUGUGGGAAUUUGUAGAAUUAAGGAUGGGCUAAGUAAAUGUAAUGGCUGGUUUUUGUUUUGUUUUUUGCCGGCGGGGGGGGGGGGGGGGAGUCAUUCCAUCUCUUAGAAGGUUAAGCACUCAAUGCACUUUUUGUCAUCCUUUAGUAACUUUGACAAUACAAUUUGAGACACUCCUUAGCAGCCAAACGAGUCUGAGUUAUCCUGCAAUCUUAUGUUCCCUUACCCAGGAGUCACCCCAUUGAACAUGGUAAACAUGUGUAGAGUUGCAGUGUGAUACAGCAGGACAUCAUAUAUGGUCACCACUUUGCAGUAACAUGGUGUGCAAACUUAACACCUUGUCUUCCCCUCUGUUACUGUUUUGCCAUGUGGUUGAUUUGCAACUGGUGAAUUUUGAGAUAAUAGUGCAUUGGUAUAAAAGCAGUUCUGGCUGUUUCUGUUACCUUUGUUGCGUAGCCUUCAGUUUUUUCUGUAGUAAUGUGAAUGUUUGCACUACUGAGCUUCCUUGUGAUCCAAGUAUAGUCACUCCUACAAGUCAAUACCUUGUGAUAUUACAUCAAAGUUGUAUUGAAGCAACUGAAUAAGGCUUUGUGCUUCCCAUACCUCUAAAUAGUCUUAAUAUGAUGAUUUUAAAAGGUUAGUAGUAUUUCUUAACCAGUUAUUCUUUUUGAUGAGUAAGAAGUCGAGGAGCACAAUUGCUCAAAACCAAUAUAUGCCCUGCUUUUUGGGGGGGGGGGGGUUGCUUUAAAAGGUGACUUUUGUCCCAGCAUGCCUCUCACUGCUUUUGACUUAAUUAGUUGAGUCUGUCGAGCUGUGGUUCAAUAGAUUACAAUUAAAGCAGUUUUAGUUCAGCAAAUAUGUUCCAUUUAUCCCCAGGAAUGUUUUGUGUUCAUAUGAUCCCAUACGUUUUAAGUCUUGCACAAUACCCUGAACAAAACUGUGAAACAAAAAGGACAAUAAAGCCUCAUUCUGUCACAUACCUCAUCUUCCAGAGAUUCAGCAAGCAGCUUUUUCUUUGGGCUUCCUCAUACACCAUGCUGGAGGUAUGUACCCUGGACAGUGAGAUAAAAUAUUUGCAAAGUAUCUGAAAUGAUAUGGUUUUAUAUAUUUUUUCUUAUUGUAACUUGACAGCUCCUGGUAUCAGGUCAAUGAGGAAUGUGCGGUUAGCUGCAGUUCACUUAAUGCUCAUUUUCCUCUUUAUUACAUCCGAAACACUAUAGCCUCUCACUCAACUCUUGCCUCAGCAGCACUCAGAUUCUCAAUUAGAGAGUGUCAAAGAUGCAAAACUGUGUAAUCAGCCAUGUUUAACAUCUGACCCUGCAUCUGACCCUCUAUGCACCUGACUAGAAAUGUAAAUACCAUUCAAAACGUUUAUGGUAAUCUUUAGCUCAGUGCUACAGCAUGUGUGGUAUGUCCUUACCAGUGAGUAGAAACAAUGGGGAAAGAUUCAAGAGCAGUGAAAUUCAGAUAUUGUUGAAUUAACCUGAGGGUUGAAAUCAAGUAUACUAAGAUUGUGGGCUGUGUCGUCAGUGACUGCCGGUCUGCUAAAUUUGAUGUGAUUUCUUGUGCUUCCUCUCAAUGAAAGACUGAAGUUUUGAUCUCUCGAGUAGAGUUACGGAUUUUAAAAUUUUAAAAACAAUUUCUCCCUUUCUUGGGUUGCUUGUCACGUGUAUAACUGUCCCAUUUUCCUCCUAUUUAGUUGGCUAUAUUUGUACUGUUUUAAGUCUUGUGGCUGAAAUCUUUUUAAACACCCUUCCUCCAGUGUUGUAUUAGUGGGUUUGGGGUUUUUGUUUUUGCAAAGAAAGGGUGUUAUGUACCUUUCCAAACCAUUCAGUUGAGAUUUCUUCCCCAAGAGUUUUUGCUGCUUCUUGACAAUCUUCUGUAUUUAUUUUGUAGAAAAUUCAAUCUGAUUUGAAGUUUAAGAAAUUAGGUUAAUUCAGCAAAUGGCCCUGUCAUGUGAUGUAUAGAAAUACAGUAUGCUGUGGUUAACUAUAGUAGGCUUGUUCUUGCUUUUCGUUUUCUUUUUAUCUGCACUAAAUACAAAGAACUUUUGUCUAACCAUUUACAUUCUGGGGGUGGAGGUUUGAUGGUAGUGUCCUUGAAAGCUAACUCUUAACAUUUUUGCCAUGGGGAGGAAUAAAUUUGAUUUGUAUGCAUGAGUAAUUAUUUAAGCAGUAAUACUAGCUUUAGUUUUUUACAUGCUUUUAAAUUAUCCAGUGAGAAUUUACCAAUGCAGACUUGCUUUUGAAAAAAAACCUGAAUAAAACAAUGCUGCAAAAGUGUCAGCAGAUGCCGCAGUUUCACUGGCAUUAGCACGAUUGUGUUGAUCUGUGUAGGGUUAUCUUUGAUCUUUCUGCUCAUCUUCCUCUUUUUUGUUACUCAUAUUAUCUUCUUGGGGUUUCACUCUUUUUUUAAUGCUUUUUUUUAAGGCUUGGAGAAAGCCUGCUCUUCCUCUUGGGCUUGUUGACUUGAAGGCAAAGUCCACCAAGCAGUGCUGGUGCACAUUAUCCACAGCUUUGCAUGUGAUCCAUGGAAUUGAAGCAGGGCCCUGCAGCAACAGCAAAGUCUGGUGGGCUAUUCCCCGAACCUGCCAUGGUGCUCUGCAGGUGUCGUGCAUGUGGUGUGCAUAACAUCAAUGAUCCUUGUUUUCCAAAAUCUGGAUAGGAAUGGCGUCAGGUGCUCAGUGCUCAGGUAUGUCAGUAAGAAGUACUGUAGUCCUCCAGGGGCAAACGUGUGGAUUUUAAAACAUUUUGCCAUAAUUGCACAAUUUUGCAUUUUUACUUAAUGUCAUGUUAAUUUUCUUAAAAUAAACUUGUCAAAGUAUA